GCCCCCGACUUCCUCCGGCACCGGAAGCUGAAGGCGGGACGGCGCUUGGUAACAAACCGGAGCAUCACUGGGAGACAGGAAGGAGUGUCCGCGCUGAAUGGGAUCGCAUCGCUCAAAUCGCCGGCCCAGUACCCUGUCUCUUUAUCAGCUUCACACGCCGCACUGCUGCAAAGAAAAAAAGCCCAGUGGAGGGGAAAAACAGAACAGAUCGCGACUCGCAGCGCGAUGUCCGUCUCCGUGAUAAUUAAGUGGGGUGGCCAUGAAUACUUCAUCAGCACCUUGUCCGAGGAGGACACCGUGUUGGAUCUCAAGCAGUCCAUCAAGACCCUGACUGGCGUGUUGCCAGAAAGGCAGAAGCUCCUCGGCCUGAAAGUGAAAGGCAAACCAGCAGAGGAUGACAUCAAACUGGGAAGCCUGAAGCUGAAGCCAAACACAAAGAUCAUGAUGAUGGGCAGCAGAGAGGAGAGCCUGGAAGACGUUUUGGCCCCUCCUCCGGAAAACGACGACGUCGUCAACGAUUUCGAUAUUGAGGAAGAGGUCAUCGAAGCAGAAAACAGGGAAGAGAACUUGGCAAAGAUCGCCCGUCGGGUGAAGGAGUACAGGGUGGAAGAGCUGAACCCUCCAAGAGACGGCAAGAGACUGCUGGUGCUGGAUGUGGACUAUACUCUGUUUGACCACAAAUCCUGUGCCGAGACGGGACAAGAGCUGAUGAGGCCAUACCUGCACGAGUUUCUCACCUCUGCGUACGAGGACUACGACAUUGUCAUCUGGUCGGCCACUAGUAUGAAGUGGAUCGACGCCAAAAUGAAAGAGCUUGGGGUGACGGACAACCCCAACUACAAGAUCACCUUCAUGCUGGACAGCGCGGCUAUGAUCACUGUGCACACGCCAAAGAGAGGUGUGGUGGAGGUAAAGCCCCUGGGAGUAAUUUGGGGCAAAUACGGCACAUUCUACAACAAGAAGAACACCAUCAUGUUUGAUGACAUCGGUAGGAAUUUCCUUAUGAACCCACAGAACGGAUUAAAGAUCCGGCCAUUUAUGAAGGCACACCUAAACCGUGAGAAAGACAGGGAGCUUUUCAAACUGUCCCAGUACCUCAAGGAAAUCGCGAAACUGGAGGACUUCUCCGGCCUAAAUCACAAACACUGGGAAAGGUACCUCUCGAAGAAGCAGAACCAGUAGAAAUCCCUAACUGGGAGCAAGACCAUUUGGAGAAGUACAGGACACUGCAGGUCACGCCAACCCACUACUGCUGGUCGUCAUUAAGCUCGUUACGUCUUUCCCACUCUCUGUCUCUCUACCCUCCCUUCCUUACUCUUCUCCUUUCAUCUCGCCUUCUGUUCUUCAUCAGCGUUUUGCUUCUUGGUGCCGGUCCGGUCUGUUGGUGCGGAGCUUGUUACAGUCCCGUGAAGGACCACAGUCUCCGCACACCUUUCUCCUCAAAGAGAGCCCAGCCUCACACAGUCAAGAAUAUUAGCGUUUCAGGUCUAAACCUUCAUUCCUCUAGACACCUUUCUUUUGAACUGCUGAAGCUGUCUCUGAAAAUCUUAAUGGUACCAGAAGUGAAACGGUCGUCGAGUUUGGUGCGCUGUGCUUCACCGCCAGUUUACAAAUGGAUGUAUGUCUGGAGUAAUGUUCUCACCACUGGGAAAUGUAUAAUGCCCCCGAGAUAUGCUGCUGAUCCUCUGGACAUUUAUGGAGUAAAUAUUCUAUGAAUAGUUUUAAGGAGAGAGUUCUGUCUGGCAAAUUGUAAAGCGAAAAAGGAAAGGAAAAAAAAAUCGGUUGUUAGGUGUUGUUUUUUCUUUCCCCCUGUUCCUCCGAGUUUAGGAUUCCGUACCGUUCGGUGCCGCUUGUCUGAAGCCGUAUUAAGUUACCGCUCCGGGAAGCUGAGGUGUGAAAAUGCAGCUCAUUACCACUCCAUUCCUCUGCAAAUGCAUAAUUCAGAAAUAAUGUUUGUUAUAUUCGUGUGGGGGUCAGGUUUGCACGGGCUGCCGCACAUUAUCAAAAGCCGAAAUAAGUUAGCGCUCCGGGAAGCUGUAGCGUGGAAACCAGCCCAUUUGUACGAACUGUGUUUUUUUUUUUUUUUGUUCUCUAGAAGGUGUGUGGAAGUGUGUUUUGGAGAGCUAACUUGUCAGGUAGUGUCUUUUCUUUAGUGGAAAUUUGAAGUCAUAAUUAGAUAAACCUGCUCUCCUAACGGGUAUCUCUAAGAUAUUCACUAUUGAGAGAAAACAGUCAUGUCUGUGGUUGACUGAUUUAUUUUUAAAUCUUCUCCUAAGACAAUUAUGCAGUAUAUCAAAAUAAAAUGCAGUGUUUUUUUAUUAUUUGAGAAAUGUUAUGGAAUGAACUACAAUAUACAUUUUAAAUACAUAAAGCAGUGACAUGAAUUAACGUGGCACCUAUGUAGAAGGGCACUAAGUUAUGAAGUGAUCGUCUGCAGUUCUGCAAUUCAGUCUAAGAAGCUAACUUGCUGGAGCCGUCGGACCAAUGUUAUCGCGGGAAAUGGGCACAUUGCAGAGCGUGUAGAUCAUCUGAUUUAUCACAGAAGGCAAAGGGUGGGUUGCAAUGGCCAAAAUAUCAAUAUUCUUAGCUAGUGAUAAUGGAGCUUAUUACCACAAUGCUUUUAAUUAACAAUAGUGAUUAAAAAGCCACUUUAAACAUCUUAAUGUAUUGCUUUGAAUGAUACAAGUAUUGAAGACUAGUGUAUCUGUCAGUACUCUUAAUUAAGGUUCUAAUAAGUUCACCAAUCGGGUUAGUUAGCUCGUCAAAGCCAAACAGUGAGGACCUGGUGAGAGCAUCAGCACACUGCAUGUGCGCUUAGCCUGCGGAAGCUCGCGAGGCGCCGUGCAGUGAGGACUGGGGCAUCCCCACUGUAACUGCCAAACCUUCCUUCUGUGGAAUUCCCACAGCGAGCGUGUCACUCAGCCUCUGCAGGACGGCUCUGACAUUUCCCAAAUGCAUAUUUAAUCCUCCGCAUGCAUGACGAUGCAUGAUUUAUUUUUUUGUUUGUUGUUUUUUUUUUUUUUUUUGCAAGUUUGUUUGGUUUACACAGGUUUUGUUUUAUAGAAAGGACAAGGUUUUUACAUCUUUUUCUUUUGUUUGUAAUUAAACACUCACACCAGUUCCCUCCUCUCACGUAGGGCAGUAUGGCAUGAGAUCGGACCCUGAAUGUUUGUAUGACUUGUCAUGGAGGAGUUUUUUGUUUGCUUGUAUGGACUUGACACUAUAAAACAUUGUGUUGGAUAUGGAGUAUCCAGUGGUAUCAUAAAAUAAACAUUUUUUUUGAGGAA